GGGUUUUAAUAAUGUCGGUUUGACGCCGGUUGAGGGGAGUCAUUCAGACAGAGGAGAGAGAGUUUGAUGCUGAGUACCACCACCAGGAACCGCCCCGGGUCUCUCUUCACGGCAGAGUUCAGAAUUGCACUACCAUGUCUGCGGUGGCUUCUCUGCAGUGAGCACACAAAGGUUAUGCUGCCCAAAAGCUGUCUGAGUCCCAGUGAGAAAGAGAAGGGCUAAAGCCACACCGAUCCAAACCAGCUUUCCAGAGCCUCUCCAGCAGCGACUCCACUGUGGAGCCAUGAGCAACCCCAGCGCUCCCAACAAGAUUACAGAUGCCGUGGCAUCGGUGAUUCACAGCCCAGAGGCUCCUGCUGCCUCAUCACUACACGGGACUCCGCGCCCUGAAGAGGAGGAUGAUGGGGACCUGAACAAAGCCUUGGGGGUCCAGCGCUUCCAGCAGAUCCUCAGUCCCGCUGCUGCCGUUCCUGAUGAACAGCACCACAUCUACCAUGAGGAGGACAUCGAAUACAACCGUCACUCCUCUCACCACAUCCACCGACCUCUGUCCAAACUGCCCUCCGACGGACGCAGGAAGAAGAACAACAAGAAAAGGAGAAAGGACAAAGAUCACAAAAGCAGCCAUGUUCCCAGCAGUGGCCCCAUAGAGGAGGGAGAGGAUGAGGAGGAAGAGGAGGAAGAGGGGUCGGAGGCAACGCCUGCUCCAUCUGAGCCGGAGAGAGAUGUGGAGUUCUUUGUUUCGGAUGAAGACCAAGUGGCCAGACGUGGCAAAGAGAGCCCUCACUCUGCCCGUGAGCUGGACAUCGUGCCUCAGUCUGCGGAGGGAGCAGAUACCGGAGAUGCAUCUUCCUCAGAUAAGCCAGCCUCAUCCGACACUUCCAGCCCCUCUCCCCAGUCAGCGCCACCUGAACACAUACCGCUGGCCCGACAGUCCUCCGCCAGCCGCGGCUACGACCUGCAAGAGCGCCGGCGCACAGGCAACAUGACGGGUGCCGAACAGGCCAAGUACGAGCGCAUCCCUACUGACGAGAUCGAGGCUCAGACGCUGGCCUCCGCUGACCUGGACGGCAUCAAGAGUCAUCGUUUCGAAGAUGUUCCCGGCAUGCGCAGACACCUGGUCAGAAAGAGCACCAAGGGUCAAGUGGUGCACAUCGGCAAGGACCACACAGAGCCGACCACUCGCAGCCGUAAGCAGGACCGAACCCCACAUGAGUCGCUACCGGUGGUUGUGUACCGCUCUGCCUCGCAGAUCGACGGCGUCCUGCUGGACAUCGGUCAAAUGGCUAGGUACCAGAAGGUGUUUGUGGAGCUAAAUGAGCUGACUAUGGACAAGAACCAGGGGAUGCAGUGGAAGGAGACGGCUCGAUGGAUCAAGUUUGAGGAGGACGUGGAGGAGGAGAUCGACCGCUGGGGGAAACCUCACGUGGCCUCAUUGUCUUUCCGCAGUUUGCUGGACCUCCGAAAGACCAUCUCACACGGUGCCGUGCUGCUGGACCUGGACCAGAAAACCCUGCCUGGCAUCGCCCACCAGGUGGUGGAGCAAAUGAUCAUUUCUGACCAGAUCAAAGCUGAGGACCGAGCCAACGUCCUGAGGGCCCUGCUGCUGAAACACAGUCACCCGAGCGAUGAGAAGGAGCACAGUAGCCCUUUCCCCAGGAACAUGUCCGCGGCCAGCCUGGGCAGCCUGAUAACACAUCACCACAGUGCCAAUCACACCCAUCAGCCAGAACCGUCGGUGACCGACCCGCUCAUGGGCACCGUCCACGCCACAGGAGACAAAGAAACACGCGUUGACAUGGAGAAGAACGAGGCACACCAGAAGGAGCCGACCUUGGCUCACGGUAUGCAUCGGUCCAAAUCCAAACAUGAGCUGAAGCUGCUGGAGAAAAUUCCUGAAAAUGCUGAGGCCACUGUUGUCCUUGUGGGCAGUGUGGACUUCCUGGAGCAGCCCACCAUGGCGUUUGUGCGGCUGCAGGAGGCCGUGGAGCUGGAGUCCGUCCUUGAGGUCCCCGUGCCGGUCCGGUUUCUCUUUGUUCUGCUGGGACCCCCCACCACAAGCAUGGACUAUCACCAGAUAGGACGCUCCAUCUCCACACUCAUGUCUGACAAGCAAUUCCACGAGGCUGCUUACCUGGCAGACGACAGGCAGGACCUGCUGAACGCUAUCAACAGCUUCCUGGACUGCAGCAUCGUACUGCCGCCUUCAGAGAUGGGAGGCGAUGAGCUGCUGCGCUCCGUCGCUCGCUUUCAGAGGGAGAUGCUGCGCAAGAGGGAGGAGCAGGGGGUCAAACUGGCCAAGGAGCCUAAAAGCUUUGAGGAAAAAGAGGCCCUCCUCACACCCUUGAAAAAGUCAGACGAUCCUUUAGAGCGCACCGGACGCCCCUUCGGUGGGCUCGUACGAGACGUGCAGCGCCGUUACCCAAAGUACCUCAGUGACUUCAAGGACAGCCUGAACAGUCAGUGCAUGGCUGCCGUUAUUUUUAUCUACUUUGCUGCCCUCUCUCCAGCCAUAACAUUCGGAGGCCUACUGGGUGAGAAGACGGACGGUCUGAUUGGUGUUUCUGAGCUGAUUGUGUCGACAUCAGUGCAGGGUGUGAUCUUCUGCUUGCUCGGAGCGCAGCCGCUGCUCAUUGUGGGCUUCUCCGGACCCCUGCUCGUCUUUGAAGAAGCCUUUUACAGUUUCUGCAAAGCAAACGAGAUGGAGUACCUGACGGGCCGCGUCUGGAUCGGGUUUUGGCUCAUCAUCAUUGUGGUCAUCACGGUGGCCUUCGAGGGAAGCUUCCUGGUCCGCUUCGUCUCCCGCUUCACCCAGGAGAUCUUCUCCUUCCUCAUCUCCCUCAUCUUCAUCUGCGAGACCUUCAUCAAGCUCGGCAGGAUUUUCAAGGAGCAUCCGCUGAGAAGUUGCUCCCUCAACAACGGCACAGAAGGGAACCCAUCGACAGAAAACAUCACACACGGUGUGAGCAACAGCACCCGGCCGUUGCCGGUCCUAAACCAGCCCAACACGGCGCUGCUCUCUCUGGUUCUCAUGGCCGGAACGUUCUUCAUCGCCUUCUACCUGCGCAAGUUCAAGAACAGUGCGUUCUUCCCUGGAAGGUUGCGCAGGGUUAUUGGAGAUUUUGGUGUCCCAAUUGCCAUCCUCAUCAUGGUCCUGGUGGAUUACAGUUUAAACGACACAUUCACGCAGAAACUGAGCGUUCCUGAUGGUUUCUCUGUGACGAGCCCCGAUAAACGUAACUGGGUCAUCAAUCCUCUGGGCACCAAUGGGGAAUUCCCCAUCUGGAUGAUGUUCGCCUGCUGUCUGCCCGCUCUGCUGGUCUUCAUCCUCAUCUUCAUGGAGACUCAGAUCACCACCCUGAUAGUGAGUAAGAAGGAGCGGAUGCUGAUGAAGGGUUCUGGUUUCCAUCUGGACCUGCUGCUGAUCGUGGUGCUGGGCGGCUGCUCGGCUCUGUUCGGCCUGCCGUGGAUGGCCGCCGCGACCGUUCGCUCGGUGACCCACGUCAACGCCCUCACAGUCAUGAGCAAGGCCGUCGCCCCCGGAGACAAGCCUCGCAUCCAGGAGGUGAAGGAGCAGAGGGUCACGGGGCUCCUGGUGGCCAUCAUGGUUGGUAUGUCCGUUGUGAUCGGUCCACUGUUACGUAAGAUCCCCCUGGCGGUGCUGUUUGGUAUCUUCCUCUACAUGGGUGUGAUGUCGCUUAAUGGUAUUCAGCUAACAGAGCGGAUGAUGCUGCUGCUCAUGCCACCGAAGUAUCACCCUGACCACACCUACGUACGCAAGGUCCGCACGCUGCGUAUGCAUCUGUUCACCUGCAUCCAGGUGGUGUGUCUGGCGGCUCUGUGGGCUGUGAUGUCGACCCAGGCGUCGCUGGCUUUCCCCUUCGUCCUCAUCCUCACCAUCCCCGUCAAAUUGGUUGUGCUGCGCAAAAUCUUCACCGUCAAAGAGAUUGCAUGUCUGGAUGCGGACGACGCAGAGCCGAAGUUCGACGAGCGUGACUGUCACGAUGAGUACUCAGAGAUGCACAUGCCUGUGUAACCCGCAACAAGCCCUCGUAUCACCACUUAACUCCUUUUAGUGAACACCAAAAAAUCUGUUGACUCACUCUACCAACCAAUGAGAUCCGGGGUCAUUCAAACUUGAAACACUCACGAUUUGUUGCCGCGUCACUGUGCAUCCUCUUUAUUAACACUGAGACAUGAACGCACGCUAUGCCGGCGAUCCGGUUGGUUGUUAAUUUAGUCCAGCUUUAACUAUUUAAGUAGCUUUUUCUCAGAUUGUUGGGGGCAACUCAGCAUCCAACUGAGAUCAAACAGUCGACAGCGUGUGUUCACUCAUUAUAUACUUUUUAAAAAAUAUAUAUAUAUUUCAGGGGACAAGAGAUUCCAAAUCAAAUGAUGUGAUCUCGAGCUGAAAAUGAAAUGCGAUUACAGUAGAUAGAUUUGCAAGACUGAUUAAUUUUUUAGCCCUGAAAGGUUGCUCUGAUUCACAUUGAAUAUGUGGAGGAAUUAUGGGAUAUAUAUUCUUUUAUAUUAACACGCUACCGCUAUUCAAGUGUGUCGCUUUUUUCAUGUUUUAAGCUCACCAAGCGCCUUAUGAAGGAAUUUAAACGAUAUACUGAGAGGUGUUUUUUUUCCUCAUUCUGUCUUAUUUUAGACAGCAGAUCACUUUACCCGCCUCGCGAAGCUCGUAGCACUUUUUUAAAGACACCAAAUCUGAACAAUGACUGUAUUUUAUGAAAUCAUUUUAUCUUUUUAGCGUCCUCUUAAAUAUCAAUGUCGCUUUAGUUUGCUCCUUAAACGAUUAUGUGAUUGAUUUUUAGCCUGUCUUUCUUUAACAAUACUUUUUUUUUGUUGUAGUCAAACGCAGCAGUUUAGAUGACAGUUGGGAUUUUAUGUCAAAUUAUGUACCUGCAGUGAGUUAAGAUCACCAGCAGAGGGAGAUCUUGCAGGACUGUGAUGAUGACGUACAGUACAAGUAAAUCUCCUUUUCUCUUUACACUAAUGAAAUCAUGUUUCCAAUCACAACACAGAAAAUUAACACAGUGGCAUAAUGAAUAUACUCUAAAUGUCUCCACGCACAUGUUUAGGGCACUAAUGUAUUAUUGUAGGGUUUGUUUCACUUGGUGUGUUUAUGGGAAUCACUGUAACUUAUUUGGUUUCUUUGCACAGGGGUGCCAAAUGUCUCGUGUAAAUAGUUUUGUGAUCAGAACAAUAAGCUGCAGUUCAGACAUCUCACAUCUCCUAACAGCAUUUCUUGAAGGAGCCUAAAUUAACAAAAUUUUCACAGUACAACAUUCCUUGGUUUAUCAUAAUCACGUUUUUGGCAUUGACUAAUUUAAACAUUUCAUUCGCAAUCAUGUGAACUUGGUCAACCAAAUUUCCACACAAGCUGUGUAGACAAUCUCAAUAUCAUGCUUUACUGAGAGGGAAGGCUUUUAAAAAUCUAUAUAUGUAUUUUGUUUUAUGUCAUGUUGUAUCAGUGUGACAUGGAUUGGUUAAAGCUUUGACUGUGUCAAAUAACUUAAAUUUUCAGUCCUCUGUUACUCUCAAGUUUCAGAUACUUUCCCCUCUGACCUGUCCCAGCCUGACUGUGGUUGUGAUCUUGUGCCUGUUUGGUGUCACAAAGGUGCACAAAAUCUCAAGUGCCUGUGGGACCAUGAAGUGAUUAGCUACAAGUAUCUGUUGUUUGUAAGGAAGACACACAUGUUACAAUAGUUUGCACUUUCAAGACGCUCAUAAAUCAAGCAUCUCUCCAUUAUUUAUCUGUUGCAAUAUGAGGCAUUAUUGCUGUUUUUGAAGAUUUAUUUGUCACGUCACAGAACCUUUUUCUUUUUUUUUUAAAUGUACACACACAUUUGGCUGCAUCAUGGCUAUGGACAAUGAAGGAGAUGUUAAUGAGAAGUAGGCAGUGUCAGUUUUAUGUUUGCUUAUUGUGCCUGUGGAUGAAGUGAAGUUGGUCUGUGUAUGCCAAAGUAUCUGUCAAAGUCGCUAAAUGCUGAUACGAUAUGUUGUUCCAUUUCAAAAGCAAUACAAAGUCCGAGAGGCUAUUGCUGAUGUUCCCUUGUACAAUAAUGGUUGAAAUAUUGAUGACAAAUAAAAGUUAUUUUCUAUUUA